GCGGUUGUCAGAGUGUCGCCGUCCGCCAUUUAGAACAUUAGAACGAACGCUUCGGCUUCAAUUCAAUUCUGCUGAAACUGAAAUAAACCCUCGUGACAAUCGCUGACGUGGUUGAUUUCAUUCGCAGACUCGCUCCGAGAAGGUCGUCGCUCGUCGCAGACUCUUUUUCUUGUGUUUGCGUUCCGUUCCGCGUGCGGUAUAUUCAAACAGAUUUUCUAUAAGCACCCUGCUGCCUGUUUCAGCUCCUGCUGCGUGCAACAAGCGAUCUUGUUGUUUUAUAUCUGAUUUUUCAUUGUGAUUUGUGAUUACGUGACGUAAAGUGAGAGACAUAAUAUCCCAUUUUAUUUUGUGAGAAGACAAAGUUCUUGGGGGACACUGUAUCCAGCCCAAUCAAACCCACCCCAACCCUACUUCAAACCGACCGACCCCUUGAGUUAGAAAAUUAAAUUUAGGUACCUGAGCGGAGCCGUGAAACUUUUUCCAGUGCGGUGUGUUGUGUGUUGGAAGUUUUGCCGUUUUUCCAAUUUAAAACUUGAGUGAUGAAAACUUUUCGGAAAAGUUAAAUUGUUUUUCCAACGACGACGAGGACGACGACUAAGAACAAAAUCUAGCAGAGUAUACGUACGCUUACGAGUUCUUCACCUGGCGGCACACAGCAGUGUAAUUUUGUGCUGCUCUUUUCGAGGAUAAUUAAGUACUUGAUUGUGCGAAGGACAGAGUUACGUUUUUACUUAUAUGACGUGGAGUUUUUCUUCUUGUUGUUAACUGAUUCGGCAUUGCAAGAACGUAAACGUGAGUGUUCGUGAAAUUUGUUCGAAAAAGUUUUCCCAUUUUUUUUCUAUUUGUUUGUAAUUUGUGAGUUGAAAGAACGAAACGAAGAGUGACUGAGUGACUUUAAGGGCAAAUUUGUAUUUUAAUUGCAUCGAGCACACAAUCGGUGCACACUCUGAUUUCUGUUUGCUAAUUAAAACUUUUUCUACCUUUCGCAAGAACGUGCGGCGGUGUUUCCACUUUUGGAAACCGCGCUAAUCUAAUUUCGACAAAAUUUUCACAGACGGGAAUAAGCUGGGUCCUGCAGCAGCGGGAAGAGGAAUGUUUUGCUACCACUGUCCGCCAGCGUUACAUCCAGCUGGACCCCAUCAACCCCGGCUGCCAUCAUUGGAAUACCCGUUUGCUGCUACACAUCCAUACACAAGUUACUCCUACCAUCCUGCCAUUCAUGAUGAAACUUUUGUUCGACGUAAGCAGCGAAGGAAUCGCACAACGUUUACUUUGCAACAACUUGAAGAAUUGGAGACUGCAUUUGCUCAAACUCACUAUCCAGAUGUGUUCACCCGCGAGGAUCUAGCAAUGAAAAUUAAUCUUACAGAAGCACGUGUACAGGUAUGGUUCCAAAACCGUCGUGCCAAGUGGCGAAAAGCUGAGCGGCUAAAAGAUGAGCAACGCAAGCGUGAAAAUGGUGGAGAAGGUUCAGUUUCAUUAGAUAAAAUGGAUGACAGCAGAGACUCAUCACCCGAUAUAACCGGUGAAAUGGACGAUGACCCACGCAGUUCCCACAGCCCGCCACCUACGAGUCCUCGCAUGGAUUCAGAUCCAGAACGACCUCUUUCCUCAACACAUCUCACCCAAUCGGCUUCACAAUCAGGUGGUUCAAUUAGUGCGGGUUCGCCAUCGCCUGGAGUCCGAACUCCGCAAAACUCCGGCACUAGCCCCACCAACUCCAAUAACACCGAUUCUCCAAUCGAAGUUGGCGGUCCAAUGUCGCUGACCUCCCGUACCCCGCAAUCAAUGUCGACUUCAACGUUCAGCAAUCACAUCUUCAAUAGCUUUUCCGAAAGUAAUGGAGGCUUUCGACCGGUCCUCGAUUCUGGAGCUCAACAACGGUCCAAUCAACCGCUAUUUCUGCCCCAUCAUCAUUUAGCAUCGCUGAGUUCACAAUUUUCCCAGCCCUUAUUUCCAGGACUUAAAGCCUUUCCGGGACUAUGUUCAUGUUGCCCGAUAAAACCCCCUUCGAUACCAGUAUCAUCAUCAAAUUCACCCGGCUCACCGCCAAUUUCUAAUCACUCUGACCCGCGUUCCAGUUCGGUUGCCGAACUGCGCCGUAAAGCCCAAGAGCAUUCAGCUGCUCUUCUGCAGUCAUUGCAUGCUGCUGCUGCUGCAGGACUAGCUUUCCCGAGGUUACACCUUCCGCCGCUGAAUUUACAUCAUGCUCUGAAUAACAAUAUAAAAAAUGAGGCUCAAGACAUGACAGCCACUACAAUGAAUGGCAUGACAAAUAACAAUAACGUAACGGAUAUUCAGCAACAGCAGCAGCAACAACACCAUCAACAGCAGCAACAACAACAACAACAACAAACUUCAUCACAUCCACUUAAUCAUCAAUCAAAUAAUGCCGUUAGCGAAAAUGUUGAAUAGAUCGUAUUUAUUUGAAAAAAAAAACAACAUAAAAUUGUAUUAUAAUUGUAAGAUAGUAAAAAUUUAAUUAAUAAGUUUAUGAGUGCCAUAAGGUUAAUACUCGUAUAAAAGCAUAGUUUUUAAGUAUUGUAAUUUUGUUUGUACAGUUCGGAGCUUAUUUGCAGUGAACAUUUUAUCAACCGGACAUAAAUUUAAAUUAUUUUGUUAAUAAAUUCGGAACAAAUUGACGAAAUUUCCUCUGAUGUACAAAAAUUUAGAACCUAUUUUCUGCAUUAUAUUUGGUGGCUAAGUUUAGACUAGAUUCUAGAAGCUUCAUGCAGUCCAUAUACUUUAAAUACCUUUUUGACUGAAUAAAUAUAUACCACAAAUAAAGAAUACAGAUUCAAUUGAAUAAAAAAACAGAAAUGAAAAACCUUGUUCGAAAUGGUUCUAAUAAUAAGCUUCUAAAAAUAAAUGUUUUUUUGUAUUAAUUUGGUCAUUCUAAUUCGUGAGAAUCAGCAAGAACGAACAUUUAUAUUUUAUCUAUUUUAUAUGAACGACGAUUUCGUAUAGAGAGAAAAAUGGAAUUUUUCCAAAAACAUAUAGAAAGAUAGGUCUGGUUCCUGGUACAUGACACUUCUUUUUUUUGUG